AAGGUGCAACCUAGACAAACAAAAGCAGGCUUAGUACACCAUAAGGAGAUUCUCUAGAAACAAGUAAGACUAAUAAGAGGUAGUGAUGACACUGUAAAACAUGGGACAGAGUGGUGUAUUCAACAAUUGGAUAUCAUUUCCAUCAUGGAAAACUAUAUGAAUAGAGACGAUCUGAGACACAAGGAAAGACUGCACAUCAAGGAGUAAGACCACCUACAAAAACAGAGUUCGGCAGGAUGGCUACCACUUCCAGUUCUGCGUAUUCUGAAUGCAAACCUGGAGACACAUUGUGUGAGAUCCGUGUGUAUGAACAGGAAGUGAUAAUCGUACCAGUGUUGUUUUUGAUGAGUUUCUUGCUCACGCUGGUGUUUCUGCUGCUGCUGAAGUUCUGUCCUGAGAAGGUGGAUCGCCUGCAACCCAGGUCCAGUCGAACAACCAGGACUAGAAGAAACUUGCAAGGCAUUGAUGCUCCCCAGGGUCUGAAUGCUCUUGAAGGUGAGCCCAUAGCGUUGGACACUACAUCUUACAUGACAUUCAGCCCAGUUCGAGACUCCUAUAGACAUGAACAUGCCUCCUUCAAUGUCAACAAUGUGGCCUUUACUGAUGGCGGAGGCUCUUUUGGCGCCGCAGCUUCAGCCUUCACAAAGCCCAGGGAACUUCCACGACAGCGACUCCCGGAGAACUUCAAAGGGGUGUCUCCUCUCCCAGCAUCAUACUCUCUGAAGUCAGACAGCUCCGUGUCACUCUACAGGGCUCGUAUGGAAAACAGAAAUGUGGUUCUGCGUGUACUUCAAGAUUCAGCCAGUAACCAGGAAAAUCAGUCAUUCUUGGGAUUUGCGUCCUUCCUUUCCCAGUUAGGGCCACAUCCCUUCUUACCGGAGCUUCUGGGAGUUGUAUCCCUGAGAGCUCCUCUCAUUACUGUUGUUGAAGAGUUGGAGAACAGAGAUCUGCUCGGAUUCCUGUGGAGAUGUAGACAGGAUAAUAUUGGACCAGACGGCAUGUACCAGAUGACAGAGAAAAAGAUCUUCACCAUGGCUUCACAUGUGUCCUCUGCACUGGACUUUCUCCAUAGUAAAGAUCUUCUCCACUGCAACAUCAAAGCUCGCAGUGUGUUAGUCAGCAGGAUUUGUACUGCAAAACUUUGGGGUUUGGGUGAUUUGUAUGCAAGGACAUCAGCAAGUGCUAAUCACAGUGAAGAUCCUGGAAGAAAAAAGUGGCAGGCUCCUGAGCUACUGGCCAAGAGACCAGUCACUCCAAAAAGCGAUGUUUGGUCAUUUGGGCUGCUACUGUAUGAAAUGGUGACUCUUGGUGAGGUCCCCUUUUCUGAAAUCCCUGCAAAGGAACUUCUACAGUAUCAUCAGCGAGGGAAAACCCUGAAGAAACCGAACAACUGCUCCAACUCACUUUACUCACUUAUCAAAUCUUGCUGUCAGUGGAAGGAGCAUGACCGCCCCUCAUUGGCUGAGGUCAGGCGUAAACUCCAAUUAGGAGAGAAGAGUGCCAAUGACAGCAGUGCAAUCCAUGUGCCUGAGCCAAUCAAUAUUGAACAGUAUCUGAAGGAAGCAGGAUAUGGAGAAUCCAACAACUACACCGUUUUCUAAACUUCACAUGACUCUUCAUAAUACAUCACACCCAUAUAAAUAUAUUAUUUUGUGUUUGUGGUGUAAACUGUACAUCUCCAGUGUUUCCUGCUGAGUGAAUUGAGUGUUGACCGGCCAUACUAACAUUAACCCCUUCAGACCUGAUUUUUUUCUGCUGAGCAAAAAAACAUUUUCCCAGUUGAUUUUUACUCCCUUCCAGCAUAGAAAUAAAGGGGGGAAAAAACAUUUUUGAUAACUCAUGUUUUUAUUGGUAUUUUUUCAUGUCCAUUACAAUGGACGCCACGACUAAAUGAACAUAAAAUGCCAUGAAAUCUUAGAUUAAAAAAGGCCAUGUUUUUAACAUAGGGUGUUGGUGGAUUGAAUGGGUUGGAUGAUUGUGGGCAAUGUAACCCCAAGAAAUCAGUUUUGCAUUCAGUUAUCACGGAACUUCCAAACGAAUUGCUAACUUUUAACAUUGUAAGCUAAUAAGAGAUCACCCAAUUACUAACAAAUGGCCACAGCCAUAUCACCCUGCAGCCCAAGACCGGUUGCCCACGAAGCUAAGCAGGGCUGAGCCUGGUCAGUAUCUGGAUGGGAGACCUCCUGGGAAAACUAGGUAGCUGGUUUUGCUGCCACUGGUUUAUGAACACUCACCAGACACUGGGCCACAUUCAUCUUGAAAUGGAGGAGAUCCAGGGUGUCUUUUGUCUGGAGAUUGGCCCUCUUGGCACCCAGCCCGUACUCUAACCAACUGUUGACCACAGCUAGAUCAAAAGGAUGUGUAAUCAUUCUCAGGGUCCACUUUCUUGACUAUAAAAUAAAUCAAUUGUGAAGUCAUAGCUUAGCUAUGAAAUGCUUAUAGGUAUUUUGUUUCUUUGCAUGAACUAACUGAGUGCUGGCUAAUAUCUCUUGACUCCUGAUGUCCAUUGGGAUGGACAUUAAACUUUGAAAAAAUCCUAUAACUUAAUGAAAUGAAAUAUUUUCAAAAUAACUUGAAAUAUUAACACUUGAAAUUGUUAAAAUUAUGCUGAGAGAAAAUGUAUUAGGCUAGCAUGAACAUAAAUUAACAUUUUUUAUGAAAAAUAGGCACUUACUCCUCCCUCUCUUGAGCUUCAGAGCCAUGCUUGUCUUGUCUGAUGUCUGAAGCUCUCUCAGAUCAAGUCAAAAGUAAUUUCUCCAUUGUGAUUGGAUAAUCAGGAACCAAUCAGUAAUAAGCAUUAUCCAAACAAUGAAAUCAGAGAUUUUUUAUUGGUUUAGACCCAGAAAUAUGUAAUGUCCAUUACAAUGGACGCCAGGUCUGAAGGGGUUAAAAAAUUUGAAUGUAUGAAAUGUUAAUUUUAGAGAAUGUUUACAGAUAUUAUCCAUUCUUCAAAAUGCAUUGAACAAACAUUGCCAAAUUCUAGGAUUUUAUUGAUGUUACCAUAAAUUAAAUCCUAAAUUUAUUGUACAGUUAGAUAUUUGAUCCUGAUGCUGUGAAAAGGUGGAGUUUAAAGCAAUAAACACUUGUUUCAAACUUGACUGAUCUGAUCAAGCAAAACUGAUAUCAAUUUUUCAGGACAGACAUAUUUAGCAGUACAAUAGCCAGGUUAAUGAUGCAACCACCCGUGGCAGG